AUGCGCCUGAACAAUGAGGGUGAUUAUAGGUUUAAUAAUCUAUCUAUCUCAGCCUGUUUAUAUCUAUCAAUCUAUCUUAGUUUGUUCAUAUCUAUCGAUCUAUCUCAGUUUGUUCUUAUCUAUCUAUCGAUCUAUCGCAUCCGUUUAUACCUAUCUAUCUCUCUAUCUAUCUAUCUCAAUCCAUUUAUAACUCUCUAUCUAUCUCAGUCCAUUUAUAACUAUCUAUCUAUCUAUCUCAGUCCGUUUAUAACUAUCUAUCUAUCUCAGUCUGCUUAUAACUAUCUAUCUAUCUCAUCUGUUUAUAACUCUCUAUCUUUCAAUCUAUCUCAGUUUAUUUCUAUCUCUCUAUCUAUCGAUCUAUCUCAGUCUAUAUCUGUCUCUCUAUCUAUCUCAAGGGAAAUUACUUAUGACUCAACUUUAUCUAUCUAUCUAUCUAUCUAUCUAUCUAUCUAUCUAUCUAUCUAUCUAUCCUUGCUUUGA